AUGGAUUCUCCUGUUCCUGUUGCCCCUGCUAAAGGGCAAGAUGGGUAUGACCAGUAUGACUGGGAAGCUCAUAGACAGCAUUUGGCAGACAAUGAGCAGGCAUUAUAUAUAUUGCUUGCGUCUAUGUCUGCGGAGCUUCAACGUCAGCAUGAGCAUAUGGAUGCUCCCUCCAUAAUCUUGCAUCUGCAAGAGCUUUAUGAUAAGCAAGGGAGGGCUGAGCCUUUUGAAACCUCCAAGGAGUUGUUUGGCUGUAAGAUGGCUGAGAGCAUGGCGGUUGGACCGCACAUCCUCAAGAUGAUUGGGCUGAUAGAGAAGCUUCCUUCUCUGGGUUUUAUCAUGGACCAUGAGCUAAGUGUUGACUUAGUCUUGCAGUCCUUGCCAUCUUCAUAUAAUGGUUUUGUGGUCAACUACCAUAUGAAUAAGGUGGAGACAACACUCCCAGAGUUGUUGAAUCUCUUGACCAUUGUUGAGGGUGCUGUUAAAAGGAACAGGACCCAAGCUUUUCUGAUUGGCGGGCCUAAAAUGACCAAGGGUAAGGGCAAGUCUGUAGAAUCAAACAAGCUCAAGCCCAGAGGUGGAAGAGGAACUGCCCAUCAUUCCUUGUGA